AUGUUGCAGCUGCUGCUUGCGACGAAAACGCGGCAAGAGCUACUGCAGGCUGAUGCACAUGGAGAUGGGGCUCUCACUCGUUCACUCAGUACGUGGGACUUGUUGGCUAUCGGUGUGGGCUCCACGGUGGGCACGGGCGUCUUCUCCAUCACCAGCCAAGUUGCGGCACAACAGGCUGGUCCUGCCGUCCUGCUGUGUUGGUGCGCUGGGGGCGCUGGCUGCUUGCUUUCCGCGCUGAGCUACAUUGAGCUUUCAGCACAGCUGCCGGUUGCAGGGUCGGUGUAUGCAUUUGCAUACCACGCCCUUGGAGAGGUCUUUGCUGUGGUGGCUGCGGGCUGCCUUACCCUGGAAUAUGGGAUCUCGGCAUCAGCAGUGGCGGCAAAUUGGGGAGACAAGUUCAGGACUCUUGUGGCCUCGCUGGGAGCACCAUCCUUUGCUUCUCAUCUCUCAGCGAAGAUUGGCCCAGUGACGCUGUCGGUCCCAGCAUUGACGGUUCUCGUGGUGGUCACUGCGCUGGUCUAUGUUGGUGGAGAUCUGGGAAAGCGAUUCGCACGAGGCUCCUCGGCCCUGGCUGUCGUCCUUAUCCUCCUGAUGGUUGCGGCUGCAAUGACACAGUUUCAGGCUGCGAAUUUCGAUCCUUUCGUUCCACCUGAGUUCGGACCUGCAGGCGUAAUGUCUGGAUGUGUAACCACCUUCUUCGGAUUCCUCGGCUACGACGAGGUUUGCUGUAUGGCUGGAGAGGCGUUGGAACCUCAGAAGUCGGUUCCCCGAGCCGUCCUGGGCACCGUCUUCAUUGCCACGCUCCUCCCUGUGUUGGGAUCACUGGCUCUGAAUGGCUUGAUCAGUUACACCGACGUUGAUGCCAACUCUGGCUUCGAAGUGGCUUUCCGGCAGAGGGGGUGGACCUUCUUGUCACACCUGGUGAGCAUCGGACAGCUGCUUGUGCUCUUCGUCGUCACGUAUAUGUGUUUUCUUGCACAGCCGCGCGUGUUCUACGCGCUGUCGAAGCACGACCUGCUUCCACGAAGGUUCAGCGAGCUGGACGAGCAUGGCGCGCCCUGGUUUGCGACUCUCUGGACUGGCCUGCUUCUCAUUACGUGCGGGGCGCUUCUUCCUUUCAGCACGUUGGCCAAUGCCAUCUCGGGCGGUGUCUGCGUGGCUUUCAACUUGGUGAACUGUUCCCUGAUCGUGCUGAGAAGAAGAGGGCCGCGGCUGGGGCGUGCGGGAUGCCAUGCGGACCAGCUAGGCGUUUCUUUGCUUGCCUUCAACUUGUUCUCCUUUCUCACCGCGGUGCUGCUGCACUAUGCCCAAGCAGGGACUCGAAUAGCCUCACUUGCGUGUUUCGUUGUGGCCUUGACGGCACUGGUCGUUCUGGCCCGGCAGUUGCACAGUGAGGCUGGAAGCGAGGGUGAAGCCGAAGAGGUGGGCAAGGGCAUGCGCAUAUCACAGAAGCCCAUUCCUGCAUGGACAGCCUGUGACAUCGAAAUGUGUCGUCACUUUCAAAGCACGGUGUGGCAAGGUGUUCUAUCGAGUCCCUUGCGUGCCGUGGAUUCCGGCCUGCGUGCCUGCCCUGACUUUGCCUCGACUUUGUUGGUACCGUGA